UAGGAGCGCGUGAGAGCGCAGUCAUGUUCCCUAAAGGGAAAAGCGCGGCGGUGCCGUCGGACGGCCAGGCUCGGGAAAAGUUGGCGUUAUAUGUCUAUGAGUACCUGUUACACAUUGGAGCUCAGAAAUCAGCACAGACCUUCUUAUCAGAGAUCAGAUGGGAAAAGAACAUAACGCUUGGUGAACCUCCAGGCUUUCUCCACUCCUGGUGGUGUGUGUUCUGGGAUCUCUAUUGUGCAGCGCCGGAGAGAAGGGACAACUGCGAACACUCGAGUGAAGCCAAGGCUUUCCAUGACUACAGUGCAGCAGCAGCUCCGAGCCCUGUUCUGGGCAACCUGCCACCCGGAGAUGGCAUGCCAGGUGGGCCUCUGCCCCCCGGAUUCUUCCAGGGUCCGACUGGCUCACAGGCCUCUCCUCACUCACAGCCGCCACCUAACGCUAACAUGAUGGGAGCUCACGGACAGCCGUUUAUGUCCCCGCGUUACGCAGGAGGACCUCGGCCGCCCAUCAGGAUGAGUAACCAGCCUCCAGGAGGACAGCCUUUACCUCCGAAUGUUAUCGACCCCACACGGCCUCCAGGACAUCCAAACCUGGGACCCAUGCAGAGAAUGAACAUGCCCCGAGGGAUGGCACCCAUGGGACCUGGACCACAGUCCGAUCCAUGGUUAUCGUUGCAGAACUAUGGUGGUGGGAUGAGACCUCCCAACUCCAUGGGCCCCAACAUGCCCGGAGUUAACAUGGGACCAGGAACCGGUAGACCAUGGCCUAAUCCUAAUAACACCAACACGAUCCCGUAUUCGUCGUCAUCUCCGGGCACAUACGUGGGUCCGCCAGGAGGCGCGGGAGGAGGCUGUCCACCAGGAACGCCAAUCAUGCCAAGUCCAGCAGAUUCGACCAAUUCUGGAGAGAAUCUGUACACCAUGAUAAACUCCGUGCCACAAGGAGGAAACAGGUCCAGCUUCCCGUUAGGUCCAGACGGCCCGAUGGGAGGGAUGGAGCCUCACCACAUGAACGGCUCGUUAGGCUCAGGUGACAUGGACGGCCUUCCUAAGAAUUCUCCGAAUAACCUGAGCAGCCUGAGUAACCCACCAGGCACGCCAAGGGACGACGGAGAUUUAGGAGGGAACUUCUUGCACACUUUCCAAAAUGAGAAUUACUCCCCGACGAUGACGAUGAGUGUCUGAUCUGCGUCACUCACGGCGGCUCAAAGACAACCCAGAAAUAAAAAAUAUAAUCCGCACACAACCAGAGAGUGACUUCAGUCUCGCACCCAGACGUAAGAUGUCCAUCAGAAACCCUGUCCCGGAUGUCCAACGCGACGUGUCCGACACCAUCUUUAAGCCCCUUCCCCCCUGUCGCGCAUCUCGGCUGGAGCGCUUCUCUUUUCUACAGUCAUGUUCUUGCCUUUAGGUUUUUUUUUAAAUCAUUAUUUUUAUUUUUGAUUAUUAUUAUUAUUAUUAUUUCCACCGUCUUUAAUUGAAAAGUCAGAAGAUGGGUUCGUCGCGGUGCCGGAUCUCCCUGGACACCGCUUUAGGACCAGCGCACUGGACCCGAAAAAAACUGAAACGAAAGAACUGAGUAGAGAUUUAUCGUACAACAUUCCUGCAGACCGUUUUCAGCUUCACAGACGGCCUUGUCUCUCUCACACACACACACACACACACACACACACACACACACACACACACACACACACAGCCGCGUCGGCUCUUUUCUACUUCUUAUUAAAAUAAACCAGAUUAUUUAGACACAGCUCAUCGCUAAAUGCUUCCUUUGGAUUGUUUUUGACUAGUUUUUGACUCACACACACACACACUUACACUCCCUUCAGUCGUUUUUUUGCGUUGUAGAUUUUUAUAGCGAUUCUUUUUUUUUAAAUUUUAUAGACCAUCCUAUUGGUUGUACAAUCACCUCGACUAUUUAUUUUACAGACAAUCUCUGAGCGUCACCACGUACAGAUUAUAAAAAAAAAAGAUUUUUAUUUAUUUGUACUUCAUCUUUUUUUUCUGAUGCUUGCUAACGAGUUCUCUAACGAGCAUUUUGGUCUGACUAUAACCAUCACCAUCUCCCCAUCCUUCAUCAGGUCUCGUCUCGGGUUUUUUUCCCUCUUUCUCUGUUUCUCUUUAGGAUGUAAUCUGAAUCCCCCCUUGCUGUGAUUGGGCAACCCGAGCACAAAGCUGGGUGUGGCCGUCAUUAGGACGCCGAGUUGCGAACACACACAUGCUUUUUCCUGUCUGUGUUUACUCUGUAGAUGUGAGUCGUGUUCUUACAGGCAGACUGUUAACUCUUUUCCACUUUAACCCUUUUCCUGCCAGUCCAUUAACAAAACCCAGGAAAACUCAAACUACAAAUUACAGCACGUCAGACGUCUGGUUACAAUGACGGCGACGACACGCUGAAGUGCAGAAGAUCUUAACAUGCCGUCAUAAUUACUUAUUGAUUAGUAAGAAUUUGAAAUUCCAAAAAAAUUUUAUCAUAAUGAACUUUCAUCUAGGAAUCUAGUACAAAUAAUUAUAGAUAAUAACGGCUAAUACUAAUAUUUGUGUG